CAGGCGGCGCCGUCCCCCAGUGAGCAGCACGUGGGAUCAGACUCCGGGUGCGCCAUGUCUCCGCCGGACCUCUCCAUCCAGCUCGCCCAGAGACUGGCCGCCAAUGAAAAGAAAACCCGGGACCGCGCCGUCCGCAGACUACGGGGAUACCUGAGCGCCCGGAGCGGUGGUUUUACCGAGGAUGAGUUUUCCAAGAUUUGGAAGGGUCUCUUCUAUUGUAUGUGGAUGCAGGAUAAGCCACUACUUCAGGAGGAAUUGGCUCACACGAUCUCUCAGUUGAUACACACUCUGCAUACCAGGCAGUCACAGCAGCUUUUUCUGAGGUCCUUCUGGCAGACUCUGAAUCGUGAAUGGAAUGGGAUUGAUCGCCUGCGCCUUGAUAAGUUCUAUACGCUAACUCGUCUGGUGCUCCGUCAGUCUGUGGAGUUAGUACGGAAGGCGCAGUGGGAGGAGAGUAUUGUUGGUGAAUUUCUGUCAUUGUUGGCACAAGAAGUACUGCAAGGAACGGCUACUCGCGGCGUCCAGCUCCAUCUUAUAGACAUUUACUUGGACGAGUUAGCCCGGGUUGGGGCAACAGAGCUCCCAGCUGACCUGAAUCUCACACUGAUUGAACCAUUCUGCAAGAUGGCCGCCGAAACCAAAGAUUCCAUCCUCCUGCAGGCCGUCAUGAGUGGGAUUUUUCAGACUAUUUUGGACCAAGCCCCGUUUGCUAUUGAAGACUUAAUGAAGGAAGUUAAGGAAACCUCCGCUGAGCUGCUUAGGGAACUUUCCAAAUCUGGUCAGAAUUCAGUAGACGACACAGAGGAUAUUGGGCCUGUUCUGCAGUUUGAUUACAUUGCCUUGGCAGACAGACUUUUUGCCCUGGCGAGUAAGACUUGCACCCCUGCGCACAAUCGCAAGAGGCUGUACCGAUUUGUCAAACAGUUUCGUGAUCUGGCUGAAGGCGUUUUCCCACAAGACGACUUUCCUGAGGAGGUUUCUACCGAUGAAGAUGAUGAUGAAUAUAGUAGCUGGAGAUUCCGCAGGAGACAGAAAAGGAUACAGGCCCGGGAGGGCCAAGUUCUGGAUCCCAGUGAGGACGGGGCUGAGAACACAAAGAGGAAACGUCAGAAAGACAUUUCAAACUCCACAGAAUCUGUGAGCCCUCCUCCAAAGAAGAAAAAACGUAAGCAAAGAAAGGUGGAGGAACCCUCACAUCCAGAAAUGAAUGGGGAUGCCAUCAAGGACACCAUAACCACAGCAACGGAACUGCCCCAGGCGUCAGAAUCCCACACCUGCUUCUCUAUGGCUGAGAGAGUUAAACUGAAGAAAAGGAGGCGAAGGGGUCUCAUCACAUUAGGGCUAAGUGCGCUCUCCUCCCGGGCAGGUCUACUGACAAGGAGGAGGUGGGUCCUCCAACAGCGGGGGCGGAGCCGGAGAGCACUUCUUAUAGCUUCUGAUAUGAAGACUUUGGAAGUCCCAGUGAUGCAACAGAAAAUGCUGGGCGCUGCCGUGAGUAAUCAGAAGAUUGGGGGCGCUGCCGUGAGUAAUCAGAAGAUUGGGGGCGCUGCCGUGAGUACUCAGAAGACUGGGGGCGCUGCCGUGAGUACUCAGAAGACUGGGGGCGCUGCCGUGAGUACUCAGAAGACUGGGGGCGCUGCCGUGACUACUCAGAAGACUGGGGGCGCUGCCGUGACUACUCAGAAGACUGGGGGCGCUGCCGUGACUACUCAGAAGACUGGGGGCGCUGCCGUGACUACUCAGAAGACUGGGGGCGCUGCCGUGACUACUCAGAAGACUGGGGGCGCUGCCGUGACUACUCAGAAGACUGGGGGCGCUGCCGUGACUACUCAGAAGACUGGGGGCGCUGCCGGGAGUACUCAGAAGACUGGGGGCGCUGCCGUGACUACUCAGAAGACUGGGGGCGCUGUGAUGCAAAAGAAUAAACGGGUGAAUAAACAGACGGCCGCAAGCACUGAGACAACACCAGUAAAUCUGCAUAAAGCGAAGGGUGCUGAGAUGCCCAAAAAGAAGGCAAGGGCUGCUAAAACCCAACCAGGAACUACUCCCUGUGAAGAUUUUGUGUCUUUCUGUAGCACGGAUGCUCCAAAACCUGUAUUUGUGAAAACUGCAAAGAGCAAGGGACGGCAGGUUCGCAUUAAGAUUAAUAGCCAAUCGAAGAAGGUGACUUUCAGUCUGAAUAAGAACAUGACAGCUGAGUUUAAACGUACAGAUCGCAGCCUGUUAGUCAGUCCUACUGGAACAGCUCGAGUACCCUUUAACCCUGAACAGAAACCACAGCAUGGCGUCCUGAAAACACCCAUUAAAAGUCCUGUAACGAGGCCCCGAGCCAAGGAUUUCUUCUGAAUACCCAGAGGGUGGAAAGUGUGUGGACGGCAGAGCGUUCCAUCGAUCCCUGAUCCACAAAGACUAUGUGACCACCAUGACCAGUGUCGCAGCGCAGGUGGGGGUAUAUGGACCCGACUUUUGGGAAGGAGGAGUUAAGGAUCUGGCUGCUGGGGUGGGGACAUAGUUUUUAUGUGCGGUGAAAUGCAAUAAACUGUAUUGCUUGGUCAAGGAGUCUCCUGUUCAAUUCGCAAUUUGAGUGAGUGCUUUCAUUUUUUAUUUUUUUUUAUUUGUAACCCAAUAUUUGCUCUCGUUACCAUACUCAACUUUUAGAACUGUACAGCUUACAAUCUAAUCGCCCCUUAUUGCAUUUAAGAGGACGGUCACUUCUCUGAGAUUUACACCACAGAACAAAGCAUCGAAAAUAAACGAUAA